AUGGUUGCAUCAGUGGAAGGAAGUCGUCAAUUUGCUGAGAUCAGUGGCCCGGCUACGGUCCAGAUGUUUCCUGCCGAGCCUUUCCGCGCCGUAACAUGUAUUCCGCGAUGUGGGUCGGCCAGGCAACGCUUCAACUUGUGCGAUUUCUCCAAGUUCAUGCCUUCGAACAAAGGGCAUAGGAUUAUGCUGGCCAAAUCCAUGGAGCAAUGGCAC